AUGCUUGGUGCUGUUCCUCCUAUAGUAGUACUUCCGUCGAAUCCAGCAUACGAACUCCGUCCCGUCCCCGUUGUUUCCAGGAGCGUUGGCCUUUAUGGUCCCCCACAGAAUGAGACACACGGUAGCGAUAGAGGACCAGGUGCAGGACGAUCCAACGUGUGGCGCGGGGACAAUGUUUCAGUUCCGCCCUCAAAUGCUACUAGUAGAACCAACGAAGUUGCUUUGCAUGAGGGACAAGAAAAAAGAACAUCAGAAAGUGGCCCUCUAGAAGCGUUUCCAAAUAAUCACAGUCACUGCUUAGACAGGGUAACGGAUAAGGAAGUGGACGUACUCCUUGACGUCCUAAGUGCACGCUACCAGAAGUACGUGGGGUUGAAGCAACGGAGUACCGAACGGUACCUGGCGCGUGUCGAGUCGCAUGUGGACCGGUUUUUAAGGGAAAAAUAUAGAAGUGGUACUUCGCUAUUUGCUGGCGGUGUGGCAUCCUUCAUAAAGAGUAAGCUUCCGAGUCCUUUUCACUCGCCGAAGCCAACGUUCAACAGCGAAAAUGGAAAAGAUACCCACCGGGAGUUCCCCACUGGUAGUGCCACUGAUAUUCAUGCGAGUUCCGUCUCACGUUCCCUGCCUGCACUGGAACAGUGCUCGUAUACGCCGCAGUGCAUUCCCUUUAACUAUUUGGAUGUACGUCCGGAGAAUAUGGAGGCAAUUGCUGCGAACCUUGCCGUGCUGCAACACUGCCUAGCUGAACGUGUCAGUCAAGGAAGUUCAGGACGAAAAGAACUUUUGGAGCCAAUCAUCCGCGAUGUGUGGGAAAAAGAGCUGGACCCACUUCUCCGUGAAGCCACAGAACUGCUUCGGGUGGCACAAUGCAACGUAUGGCCCCCGUUGGAAUACUUUCUAUCCCGUAACGUCGGAAGGGUCAGUGGUGAGCGACGGCUAAGGUACGAUUGUGUCGUGAGAGGAUUGCGGGGAGACUUGCAUUAUCUGGAGACCAUCCGCAAGAUGGAACACCUGGUGAUCGAUGGCCAGUCUAACGGAGCGGGCGAGGAGUCACUGGAUUACGUUCCUGUGGGAGGUCUGGCGUUGUCGCGCCUGUACAGACUUGAGAAUGAGCACCGAACAGUCUUGGAGUUUUGGCGGUCGCGAUGA